AUGCAUGAGGAAUUUUUGAGAAGGCCCACAGGUUUGUGGUGAUUGGUCUUAAUUGGACUGGAUUUUUUGAAUAAAAAUAAAAAUGACAUAUUUUUCAGAAAAACGUAAAUUUAUUGAGACAUGACUAUAAUUGUUGAAUUUGAUGUCGAAAGUAAUUUACGAAUCUGGUUGUGGAAAUAAAUCUUCUCAACUAUUCCAAAAAUCUAUAAAGAGCCAACCCCUUGUAAAAUGUUUUCACAAACUCUAAACUAUCAUCAUUAAAUAUAAUGUGUAACUAUAAACAUUGAGAGAAAUACAAUAUACAAAAAUAUAUAUAUAAUCUGUCACAUGCCCUUCUCCUUCUUUUUCCCCUUUUUUCCUUCUGUUUAUUUAUGAGUUUUUAUCACAUCACAGAUAAAAGUGUCAUUUUCACAUUUUGUUGUUUUUUUGCAGUGACCCAAAACAUGAUGCCGAAUUAUUGUUGUGUCGAAAUAUCGAAGUGACUCAAUCGCUUUUAUGGGAUGAAGAAUUGAUUGAAAUUGUAUUGGAGGCUGCGAAAUGUCGUGUUCGAUUAGGAGUUAUCGAAUAUCCUCAACAAACAUUUAGUCAAAAAUAUACGGAAAUUCGAAAUGGAGAUACUCAACUUUUGGAUUUCAAUGAGUUUCGCGAUAUAUUUAUGACAACUUGUAGAGCACUCAAUUUACAAUUUGCUCAGGAAUUAUUCGAAACUUUACACACAUCCGAUCAAUUUGUGAAUUUAUGGAAUGAUUUUGAGAAUGUUGUUGUUGGACAAAUCGCGUUCAAAUAUGCCUCGAUUGUUUUUCGAUCUGAUUCGAAUGUUGUCAGUUUUUCGGAUGCUUUUUGGUUGGCAUCCAGAGAGAGGAUGAGUAAGGAUAAUAUGUCGAGGUUUUCGUGGAUUCCGACGAAAUCCGAAUUUGCUAUUACGGUUGGUUGUUGGUGUGAUGAAGGAAAAUUUAGAAAUUAAUUUUUGAAAAAAAACUGACCAUUUUGGUAAUUUUGUUGAAACGUAUUUUUAAAAGCGAAAUAAAUCCUAAAGUUUUUCAAAAAAAAAAAACAUAAAAUUCAAAACAAUAAUUGUUUGCAGCUGGAUAAACUAAUGGGAUCUUUCAUAACAUCUGAAUUGAUUGAUGUUAUGAAUCAAUGUAUGCGAUUCUCUCAUUCGGCAUAUCGAACACGCGAACUUCUUAUUACAAUGAGCAAUGAUCGAAAUAUGAUGUCUCGAAUGACUUGUCCACAAUCAUCGCUUGAUGUUCAUGGAAAAAUUGGCGAAACUAUUGUGAAUCGAUUAUUGCGCAAGAGAAUGCGAUUCUUUGUUUUUACCAUGGAGAAAAUAGUGUCACAUUUUCAAGAAUUGUUUGCUGAAAUGGUUCGACAUGUUUUUAAGAUUGGAAGAGAGAAUAUUUUGAAAGCGGAACGAUUGAGAGAUGUUGAAGUGGCAUUGAAAAAUGCAUUUUUGCAAUUGACUGCAUUGGUGGGUUUUUUUGGAGGGUUGGAAUACAAAAAAAAAACCAGCUGGAAAGAAGAGUUAGAAAAUGAGAAAAAAAUUGGACAGUCGUUGUCCAGAUGUGUUGAACAUUUUUAUAGAGUUUGUUAGUUGGAAUUUUGAAAAUUUUAGUUUAUCAAUUACUCGAUAAAAAAAUUAAUGAAAAUUUAUUGUUUUCAGCAAGACAAUUUUGAAAUCAAAAAAUCGAUUUUUCGAGAAAUUUUAAAUAAUAAAAUAAAUUUCAAUGUUAACUUUUUUUCCAAUUUUCCAUAUGUUUACUCCAUUUUUCCCCAUUACACAGGCAAUCCGCAAAUAUCCUUUGCAAAUUUCAAAAAAUUUUGAAAAAAAAAACUGGUUCUCAACACAAAAAUAUGUACAUAAAUACUCAUUUUCAAUCCAGAAUUUUUGAAAAAUUUGUUUUUUUCUCAGAUUACUCGAACUGGAGUCCGAAAACCUGUUCACGAAGGAAUGGAUAUGUUCAAAUUAAUCACUGAUGAAAUGAGAUUACGGUAUUUUUUCCCUCGAUAUUUUCCAGUUAUGUUUAUUUUUAUAACGGCUUAAAUUAUUCCAGAUCUGUCUCAAAUACUCUCGAUUUAUCGUAUCUUCAAAUGUGCGAAAAUGAUGUUCGAAGAGUUUUGCAAAAUUUGGUGAAUUUUGGCAAAAAAUGGGGAAAUGAUCAGGAUAGCAUAUUUCAUCAUUUAUCUGUCAGAUUAGGCAAUUUGACUAUGGGUAAUGAAAAUAACGUGUAAAAUUAUUGAUUUUUUGUGACCUCAAUGUGAAUAAUGCAUAAUAAACUUUUUUAUUUUUAUUUUUGAAUUUCUCUUUAAUUUUUAUUUAUUUUCUCAAUUGGUUUGAACCGAUUAUUAUUAUUUUUCAGUAUUUAUUUUUUACCCGAAUAACUUUUUAAAUUAUAUUGCAGAUGACGACUGAAUUGCAUGGUGGAUUUAAUCGAGUUCGAGGAACUUUGUUACGUUUAGCACAAACUGCAAAAGAAAUGCCGAAUGAGGAGAAAAAUGCGGAUUUCAAAGAUACAAUGGUUGAAAAUGUGAAGAGAAUGAUUGAAUUGGAUGAAAGAACUUUCAAAAUUAUGCAUGUUUUUGAUAAAUUAUAUGAUGAUAUUGAAAAUCGUGGGAAGUUUCCGGAAGUUUUGGAACAUGAUAAAAUGAAGAUUGAGAUGGAUAAAGUUAAAGUUGAUUCGAAGAAUUUGGAGAAAGGAAAUCGAGAAACGAUGGAAAAUAUUAUUGAAGAAAUUGUUAGCGGAGAAGAUGAAAUGGUUGUAAUGGAUGUGCAAUAUAGUAAGAAAGAUCCGAUUUCGAAGAAGGAUAUUGAGAAACCGGUUAAGGCUGAUGUGCGUUUUGAAGUUUUACUUUUUGAAAUAAAAAAUAAUUGUUCCAUCCUCUGACAUAAUAGAAAAAAGAAAACAUGUCUUGAAAGAUUAUUUUGGAACUUAUCUCCAAAACAUUUUCGUAUUUCUCAGAAAUGUCACCAUGUCUACGAUCACGAUUCAAUCAUUCAAUUCGCCAACUCAAAACGCCUCAUCGAUUGUGCUGUUCAAGGAUGCAAGGCAAAAAUCACAAUCGCCAAAUUGAAAGAAUUCCCAGAGUUUUUCGAUUUGUGCCAAGAUAACUAA